GAGAUGGCGCGGAUUAUUUUCUAUUUAAAGAACAGUCGGGAAAUUAUAACAGCGGCAAAGUUUUUGAAAAGGCGGAUCGAUACGAAAUUCGUUCGCUCCAAUUAAAAAACGAAGCCCGCAAAAUUAUUUUUGGGGAAAACUGGACAGGAGACGGCGGACUUAGCAGAUUUGGCACGAAUAUUGGUGGCGAGUGGCAAGAAUACGAAAAAGGUGAGGGAACCAAACCUGAUAAGUUGACAAUCCGAGAUUUUACUCCGGCGGAAAAAAGAGCGAAUGCGGAGCGAAUCCGCCGCAGUGCCGAACAAGCGGAACGCGACCGCCGACAAGCCACAGUGGAUAGAGAGGCCGAACGACAAAGAAAAGAAAGAGAAAAAUCUGGUGCCAAUUCCGACCAAAAAAAAUGUGCCGAAUGCGGUCAAGAAAUUGACAUCACAAAGGGAGUAAUUAGCCAACGUCCGCGAGGCAGUUUAUCGGGCCCUUUUGAUUUACAUUUUUGCUCUGGGGAAUGUUGCAGAAAAUACAAUACAAAAGAUAAUCAAAGAGAAAACAAUCCUGAUAAUAAUUCACCAUGA